ACCUGCGGAGUCUGGCACCCCUGCCAAAUGGAAGUCAUUUGCCGAUGCCCAUAGCAUCUCCUCUUCAAUAAGCCACAAGGGAAAGAAGAGAGCUAUUGCCAGGGACAAUGAUCCUAAGUACGCCAAGAAGUCUUGGAAUUUUAAGAAGGCAAUCAAAGAUAAUAUUUGCUUUUCUUGCAAAGGUGCUUGGGAGAAGGGUCACACCUGUCCUGAAAGGGAUAAUUACUUGACAAAGGUGUCAAGAAUGGCUGUGUGCUCACCUGCUGAUAGAUCAGUAGCUUCCUCCCCUGCUUGUGGUGGUUUCCCCCCUUCUCGUGAUAGUCAUUUCUCUGUUCGUGGCAACUCUUCCCCUGUUGGUAGUUCCUCAACGUCGUGGUCGAUGGACCAAGAUAACACAAGUGCUUUGGCCAAGAUGGCCUUGAAUUAACCAUCGCCUUGUUGGACUGUGGCGCUACAUUCAGUUCUGUGGAUAAGAAUUUUUGUUUACAGAAUAAAAUAUCUAUUAAUUAUGUAAAUCACAUCAACAAAGAUUUAGUGAACAAUUCCAAUGUUCAUAAGUAUUUUAUUUGUUUGGCUGAUAGCAAUACACAUAUUAAAAGAAUUGGCACUUGUGUGAUCAGUAUAACUUGUAAUAGUAAGACUAUUCAGAGAGAAUUUGAAGUGAUGAACUUAACUAAUAGUUAUGAGUAUGAUUUCAGUAUUGGUACUGAUUAUAUGUCCACUCUGGGUAUUGGUAUUUAUGGUUUACCUUUAUCAUAUGAUGAUACUGAUUCAAGUAAGGAACGUAGAGAAGCCGAUAGACGCUUCAAUAAUAAGAGUGAUCUUCUUGAAUCCAUUGAGAGAGAAAAUGAACAAAAGGAAAAUAAUCCGGCUGUAGAUCCCAAACAGUUUGAGGAUGCUAUGGAUUAUAUUUGUCCAUUCAUUAAAGACAAUCAAGAUAUUCCUAAGGGUUCGUUUUGUACUAUACCUGAAAGUGUUGUAUGUUUGGACACUCCAGAAAAUGCUACGGCGUUCAGAAGCCCUUAUCCCAUUCCUUACAAGAUGCAAGGUGUAGUGGAUGAACAGCAAAGAAUUGGGGAAGCACCAGAAAGUAUCAAAGACAUCAACAAAGCCAAUAAAAGAUUAUUGAAGGAUAUGAAAGUCGUAAAUUCCAUACCCAAAGAAAAGUCAGGUAUAAAAAGAAAGAACUAUGCAAAGACAGCUUUGCAAAAGAAGAAACGCAUAAAACAGCUAUCAUUACAAGAACAAAUGAAUAAUUUAUUUAUUUUACUUAUGAUACAGCAAAAGGCAGUACUGAUGUUGUGCAGAGAUGUCGGCAAGAUGAAUUAUGUGUAUUGUAGAAGAGGAAUGUUACUAACAUGGGGGACUAUGAUUUCGAAUGAGUAUAAUGUAGAUGAAUAUAUUAACAAGAGAAAAGGAAGAAGUAUUUAUAGUGGUAAGUAUCCCCGCCUGUCACGCGGGAGACCCGGGUUCAAUUCCCGGUCGGAGAGUGUUUUGAUGUUGUCGUUCCUGAUCUGGGUUGGUUUUCCUUUUACUAUAACAAAGUCAAAAUCAAAGUCAAAAGGUCAAACCCACUGGGGAUCGGAGAGUAUAUUCAAGAAAUACAUUUUGUUGUGGUGGUUGAAGUUGAAGAAGUUUUUAAGAGGAAGAAUUGAAGAUUUGAGAUUAGGAACAAAGAUUCAUAAGAACUUGUGUAGGUUUUGUUUAUUGAGAAAAGAUUUUGUAUCAAAGUUUGACAAGGUUUCUACACUGAACUACUACUGCUAUUUAUAUUAUUUUGGAUUGGGAAAAUUAUAUGACUGGGGUCAGUCCCAAUGA